AGCAGAGAUAGAUGCAAGUAUGUGAAAAAGCAUUCAAAAUCUGGGACUGGAGGGCAGAGACAAGCAGAAAUGAUAGUAUAAUAGUACUGCUUGGAAUGAAACUUGUGGAGGAGCAGAGGGAGUGAGGGAAAUUUGAAUCUAGUGCGCUCCAACGUUCGAGUACUCUCAGGGAUCCUCGUGAUUCAUCAAACGGCCACAAAUUUCCAUGAGAACUUCUUUACACUCUCAGCCUCCUCAGGUGCCUUCUAUAAAAAUUCUCUUUCCUUUCUCACUCAAGCUUUUCUCUUCUGCAACUAUAAAUUCCUCACUCUUCUAUGCACUUCUCCAACAAAAUCAUCAUUCUCACUCGCUUCUUCUCAUUCUUCUCUACCAUCCUUAUCAUCAUUAUACCUUGCUGUCUACGUGAAAGAAUGGAAUAAACACAUGUCGGGAGUGAUCCCAACUUCACUUGAAAACUAGAUUCUGCCUACAUUUUUCCGCUUUAACUUGGAUCUGAUCGAGACCCACCUUCCAAAAUGCAAUUAUGGAAUUGGGUUUUCGACCUUGUGCUGGUAUCUUCGGUGUUCCUCUGUCAUCUCUCAGAGAAUGUUGCAGAGACGACACCGGAGUCUCCAAUCUGUUCCGAAGAAGACAGGGCUUCUCUUCUGGGCUUUAAAGCUAGCAUCUCUCAGGACACAACAAAUACUCUUUCUUCAUGGACGGGCAGAGAUUGCUGCGAUGGUGGCUGGGAAGGAGUUGAGUGCAAUCCAUCCACGGGACGAGUCACUACAUUGCAAAUACAGAGACCUGAUAGUGAUAGGAAUAGUGGCCUUUACAUGAAGGGCUCUCUUUCUCCUUCACUAGGCAAUCUGCGUUUCUUGGAGGUUUUGGUAAUAAGUGGGAUGAAGCACAUCACCGGGCCAAUUCCUGAGAGCUUCUCAAAUUUGACUCACCUUACCCAACUGGCCUUGGAGGACAAUUCUCUUGGAGGGACCAUCCCUCCAAGUUUAGGUCGCUUACCUCUGCUUCAGACCUUUUCACUUAGUGGGAACCAUCUGAAAGGGCAGAUUCCUCCGACAUUGGGAAAUUUCAGAAGCUUGGUCCAACUCAAUUUGGCAAGAAAUUUUCUGUCAGGUCCUAUACCCUUGUCUCUCAAAACUCUUCAGAAUCUGCAGUACCUUGAUCUUAGCUGUAAUAUAUUAUCCGGGGCCAUCCCAGAUUUCGUAGGGCAGCUGCGAAAUUUGACCUUCAUUGAUCUUUCUGAUAACCAAUUGACGGGGAGAAUUCCCAUUUCCUUGUUCAACCUGGCCACUCUCUUAGACUUGUCCUUGAGCCAUAAUAGGCUCACAGGGAGCAUCCCAGAUCAGAUUGGAACUUUGAAAUCCUUGACCAGUCUUAAGUUAAGUGGUAAUAAGCUCACAGGUCAUCUUCCACUGUCCAUAUCAAGAUUACAAAACCUCUGGUGCCUUAAUUUAUCUAGAAACGCACUCUCUGAUCCCUUGCCAGCUAUCCCUAGCAAGGGUAUCCCUUCUCUUUUAUCGAUAGACUUGUCCUACAAUAAUCUCAGCUUGGGAAGUGUUCCCGAUUGGAUCAGAACCAAGCCACUUAAAGAUAUCAAUUUAGCCGGGUGUAAAUUGAAGGGGACCCUUCCAAUCUUCACAAGCCCCGACUCUUUGAGCACCGUAGACCUCUCAGAUAACUUCUUGGUUGGUGGCAUUUCAGGUUUCUUCACAAACAUGUCGAGCCUGCAGAAAGUUAAGCUCUCAAACAACAGGUUAAAAUUUGAUCUUUCUGAAGUCAAAUUGUCCACAGGGGCAUCUUCCAUUGAUUUGCAUGCAAAUCUGCUCGUGGGUUCACUAUCGUCAGUCAUAAACAGCGGGACAACCAGCUCCCUGGAGGUUUUAGACGUGUCUGGAAAUUCAAUUUCAGGCCGAAUUCCAGAAUUCAUUGCAGGCUCGACAUUGAAGGUCUUAAAUAUAGGGGGCAACAAUAUAUCAGGCCAAAUCCCUGUUUCAAUCUCAAAUUUGAUUGAACUUGAGAGAUUUGACAUCUCAAGGAACCACAUAUCGGGAACCAUCCCUCCAGGUUUAGGAAUGUUGCUGAAGCUGCAAUGGCUUGACCUGUCUAUUAAUGGACUCACAGGAAAACUUCCGAGCACUCUGUCACAGCUUGUUGGUUUAAGGCAUGCAAGCUUCAGGGCUAACAUGCUUUGUGGAGAAAUACCACAGACUAGACCAUUCAACAUCUUUCCUCCGGUUGCUUAUGCUCACAAUCUUUGUUUAUGUGGCAAACCCUUGCCGCCAUGCAAGGGAAAGAAGGAUGGGAAGAUGGGUCAGUGAGGUUCUGACUUAACCAACCUAGUUCAAAUGUUCAUGCCUUGUGACCAUUGUUAUAUCAGCAUUGGGCUCCAGAUUGGGUCAAGAACCACCUAUCUAGUAAUAUUAUUUUUAAAUUGUUCCCCCUUUCUACUGAGUUUACCAAAUUGGUACUGUUCCAUUUCAUAGUAUUAUAUUAUUUUAAUAAAACCUCCCACACUAUUGUACUA